AAGGUGGGUCCAGGUUAGUUCCGCAGGUUGGUAGUGCUUGGGCCCGCUUGCGACGGCAGGCUACUCGCUGAGGUGAAUCCGGAGGGAGCGUACGUCGGUCCGCGCUACCGUGUAUUCGUUCGUGUGCGUGAGACCGUCGACGAGCUUUUAGCAUUUGGAUAAAAAUCGACACUAAUUGAGACGGCUUUUUGUUUCGAACGAUGGGGUUUCGUGAAGCCAAUACAUUUUAUAUCCUAAAUCCUCCGUGCUGUGAACCUGUAGAAAAAUAAUCUGGAACUCAAAAAGAAAAAAGAAUUUUUCGAGAGUGAAAAACAUUUCACGGAUAUAAAAACAAAUUACCAUGGAGAAGAGAAAGAAAAUGUUGUCUCAUUCAAUGUUUUUCGACAAAAACUGGAGCAUCUGAAACCGUUCAUCAUAGCUGUGAAAGUGGGGCUGCCCGCCCGAUGCACCUGCACGCAUGAACACAGCUGUCAACUAAUGCUAUCCAACAGUAGCCAGAUGGGACAUAGGCUGCCUUCAGUCGCUCUUCUAAUGGCAGUAGCAGCCCUCCUGUCGGCGGUGGCUGGCGACGGCGCAGCAGGAGGCAGGUCGGACAUGGGCGGCAGUGACGUGGGCGGCAUUGGAGGCAACAACAGCGUAACAGCCGUCCAACCUGGCGAGGCGGCGAAGUUAGCCUGUCACGUUCCUGCCGAGAUGUAUGGGAGUCGCGUCUCGUGGAUCCGCCGAAAGGACCUGCAGCUCCUGUCGGUCGGCGAGAGUAUGUACACCAACGACCACCGACUUUUCGUGUCACACUCGCGGCACUCUCACAGCAAGGACUCGAGACACUCACAGGUCGACGAAGGCUCCACCAAUCGAUUUUUUCACGCAGAAUUUUUCACAGAGAAUGUACUAAAGGGGAGGAGCAAUAAGAGUGCAAGUGUCAGACGUCCAAACUUCUCUUUCUACAAGAUUUCCAUAGGGUUCGAGAGGGCGAAUAACCCAGACGUAGGCCUGCGUCUGGCCACUGCGACGCCGCCCCAAUUUGAGGGAAGGCCGGAAUUUUGA